UAAGCUCUCAAUGUAUCCCGAUUACGAAGUAGUAACUAGCCAGGUCCUUGACUACAUUUGCCAAAGGGAGUCCAAUCCAGCGACAACACACAAUAUCGACACAGAGAGAAUUGCUGUAGCUGGUGCCUCUAUGGGAGCAUACUUCGCGCUUCGCUCUGCAGUCGAUCCUCGAAUAAAAGCCUGCGUCUCCCUCGACCCUCCAUACGACAUGUGGGAUCUGGCUGUGGAUCGAAUGCCAUCCUGGUUCUUGGGUAGUUGGUCAUCAGGCUGGAUAUCCGACAAGACUUUCAACAGGAUGGUGUCGAUUCUUUCCCGACUCAAUUUUCAAUUCAAGUGGGAGAUGCAGCACAUGCAAUGGAUGUUCGGUACUGACAGCGCAGCUGGAGCAAUGCGAGAGAUCAAGAAGUUCAGUCUUCACACUCCAGAGAGGUCGUAUGUGAGCAGGAUAAAAUGUCCUGUAUUGGUGUCGGGGGCAGCAGGAUCAAUGUACUUCGAUCCCAAGCUAAACUCGCAAAAGAUCUAUGAUGCACUGGGUCACUUGGGGGAGCAUAAGAAGAAGCACUGGACCGCAGAUGAAGUUGAGGAUGGGGGACUACAAGCGAAGAUUGGAGCUUUCUGGAUGUUCAACUAUCGUACGUUUGCAUGGUGCGACGAGCAUUUGCCAGUCAAAAGAGAGAUCAUUUAUACUUCUACAUAGUUAUCAGAAUGUGGUCCCAAAAUAAUAUUCCUGGCGCGGUACAUUUGGUACGAUUAAAUAUCGCCCGAUAUCAUAAUGUAGCGGUUGGUGAAGUGUCUAGUCAACAUGAU